ACAAGGGUUCAAAUUCCAGAGGUCAAAGAGUAAGAAUAGCCAUGGUUAAAUAUUAACCACGACAACCACACCUGGGCUAACUUGAAAAAGCAUUAGUUUGGAAAAUUAUGCCAAACCGCACCACUGAGGGCGAUAAACAAAAGACCAGUGAUACAUUAAGAGUGGCGAGACUGACCUCCAGGGACAAAAAGCACAAUGGAGUAUCACCAGCAGAUUCAAUACAUUGUGGACAAUGGCCGGUUUGGUGAUUUGAUUGAGUUUUCUUUUCCUGUUGGAUUUUCACACUGGGGUGUGUACGAUGGAGAGGGCCAUGUGACUCAUUUUGCCGUUGCAGAUGAAGCAAAGUCGAUGAAGAAAUUCCGUGACUUUCUGCAAAAAGUGGUCCCUUUGAGUGGGGAUAUACUGCUAGGGGUAACAAAAAUACGCCGGCAGCCCAUAGCUGAGGUCAAUGUGCCGAAAGGAGCUAGUGUCAUGAUCAGCAACAAUCGCCACACCUACAGGCCAUGCCAGAAGAGUGAAAUAAAACAGCGCCAAGAUGCUCUUCUGGGAAAGGAUUUGCACUACAAAUUAUUUUCUUUGAACUGUGAACACUUUGCCACAUUUGUACGAUAUGGAGUCGCUGUCUGUAACCAGAUCCCUGCUAGAACCAAGAACAAGAAAAGUAAAGAAGCAACACAAACCUUCCAGAGAUUAAUGUUGUGACAGGUGAUGUCAUAAGAGAGCAGACAAGAGGAAAAUAUGUUGUAUACUUUUUCUAAUUGUAUUCUAUGGCAAGCUAAAUAUUACACAUGGAGUACUGUUCUGCAAAUCCUCUGUGAUCUUUUAAAGGAAAGAUAACUAUAUAGUGACCGAGUCAACUUCCUUGCCCUUGACGAGAUAAAACACCCACAAAUGUGAGAUAUGAAUAAGUCCUGUGUAACAGUGUUCUCUAGUGACUGUGAUCCAAACUGCAGGCAUAGGCUUAUUAUUUAUUUUUUUUACUUUUAUUUUCAGGACAUAGGGUAAGUUGACUGAGCAUCCUCCUGUCUAAUUUCUUAAACAAUGCACACCGUUUCAAGACACUUAACUCAAUGCCUGAGAUCCCUAAGUACAUAGGCAUGGUAACACAGACAAACCCUCUUUAAAGGGAUAGAACACCUUGACUGGAUUAAAUAUCCUGCCAAACACACACCCAUAUGCCUCAUACAAGGACACACAAGAGAAGUCGACAUUGGAGAGGAGAGUGUUAGUGUAUUAUUCCAUGUACUGUAUGAUUCUCAGCUAGUGGGGCUUAUUAUUUAUGAUGAUUUAUGUUUUUAUUGUUAUAUGAUUUUACAAUGCACGAGUUUGUGUUGUAAUAUAUGUGCUUGUCAGUGAAAAAAAAAUGUUUUUGUGAGGCCAAAUACAAAUAUCUAAC